UGACUCGCAGCCUGGGUCUUGAUCGCGUAUUGUACUGAAAAGCCUCAUUCCGUGACACAGCACGAGCACCUGAGGGAUAGGGUACUCGGCGGAGAGCCCGUGAAAGUCAUGAAUUAUGCCGAGAGGAUUGCAUUCGCGAAGAGCGACAUGCCGGCCCAAAGUGAGCAAUUUUGUUUGGAACAGUCAACGUCGAGGAAUCCCUGCGACCCCACAACGAUGUUGUGCGUCAUCUGGUUGGGCUUGUAUGAUUGUUGCUACGAGGAGGUUCAGGAUGACGAGGAAUCUGAGGACCAAAACAGCAAAGAGUCUGAAGACCAGAGUGAGGACGAGUCUGGAGACCAGAACGAGGUAAAGUUUGAAGACCGGGAUGAGGAAGAAUCGGGCGACCAGGCCGAGGAAGAAUCUAGAGAGACAAGCACAAACUCCGAGAAUUGUACGACUGAAGACCAACUCAAAGACGGAUCUGGGAGUCAAGUCGACGAAGGAUCGGAGGAGACAGUUGGCGAUGAAUCUGAAGACGACAGUGACAACGAGUCCGAGGAAACGAGCGAUGACGAAUCUGUGGCCGCACCUCGAACAGAGAUCGCGCCUGAAGUUCCUUCAUUUGCGAUCCAAUUACGCAGGCCGCACGAAACUAAAGCCCCAGACCGCGCAGAGCACCCGGAUCCAAAUACGAUAGCCGAGGAGUUGUCACCACUUUUUGCCUAUGCACAUAACAUGUACGCGAAGGCGAACGCGCGAAGCUUCAUAUUCGUAGACGUACCUCCGGGAGAUCGGGCACCGAGCAUAGUCGAGCAGGGGGACUCGGACUUUGCGAGACAGUUCAUACGUUGCUGGAACGAUCGCCUCCUUGUCGCCGCGCGGGAGUUCACCAACGGCCAUUCCGAUGCGUCACUGUUCGUCCUCUCGUCCCAUGAGAUAUUGUCCGAGUUGCUGGAUAACCCAAACAAGUUCGGAUUCGACAAGAAAGACGCGGCAGAGGCGAAUAAAAGGAUAUGGAUGAGCGAGGCCGAUUUCUCCAUCUCCGACGAGGUGCAUCGGCUGUUGGGAGAAAGGAUGGGGCACGCUUUGUCGUUGGUGGAUGAAUGAAGCUUGAAGAGGGCCGAGCCGCCAUACCUAUGAACCGAGAUAUAUGAC